AUGGCUCAGCUACUUGUUUUUACGCUUUGUGGUUCGUAUCAAGUGACAGCCCACUGGAAAAAUAUCCGAUCGGAUGUUCCGACAGACCACAUCCUGGGGCGAAGCUGUGAAACCGAACUAUAUAAGCUCAUUUACAAGUACAACGGAAAACGAUCUACGCCACGUCGAGCCAUUAUGGCAGGACCUACAGCCCAGCAAUAUCGAAUCGGCGACUUCACUUUCAAGGAUGGGACCGGUCCGACGUCGAUCCAGCUAGCCUACCUCGACAUUAAUCCAACUGCAGACAAGGUAGCCCUUAUUCCGACCUGUUUCCGUGGCCGGCUUGCGUCAACCCUGACCUUUAGCCAUGGCGCCCUCAAACACCACAGGGUCAUUGUGGUUGCUUUGUUUGGAAAUGGCGAGUCCUCGAGUCCAUCUAAUAUGACCAACUUCCCUCUAUCGCUGAACUACCAAGACUGCGUUCGUGCUCAGCAUCAGUUGAUAAAAUCGUAUCUGAACAUCCAAGCUAUUGAUGUGGUGGUUGGUUUCUCCAUGGGUGGACAGUGUUCUUACUACUGGACCCUGAUGUACCCUGAGCUGGUCCGGAACGCGGUCAUAAUCUGCUCCUCGGCUCGUACCAGCCGUCACAACUACCAGUUUCUCGAGGGGCCAAAGGCUGCGCUGGAGUACUCCGCCGACUAUAUAAAGGGAGAAAACAACGAAAUCUCUUCAAAGCCAUUAGGCGGCCUGCGGGCUUUUGGCAAAGCAUACUCUGCUUGGUUGACAAGCCCCGAGUGGUUUGAGAAGGAGAUGUACAAGUCCAUGGGAUACGAGACGUUGAGCGGUUGGGACAGGGAUGCAGCUGGGAAAAACUACUACAAUUGGCACCCUGACGACUUGCUCGCCAUGGUAGGCAUGUGGCAGAGAGGCGAUGUCACUUCGAUCUCGGGAGACGCAUCUUUACAAAAAGCACUGUCACGGAUCCAAGCAUGUGUCCUGGUUAUGCCGUGUUCAACAGACCAGUACUUUCGCUGGGAGGCAUCUGAGAAGGAGGCACGUGCAACUCCUCGUUCAACGUUCAAGGUUAUACCCUCUGCAUGGGGGCAUUCGGCUGGAUUUGGUUAUAGCGUGGAGGACAAAGCUUUUAUGGAUCAGGCGAUAGCUGAGUUUUUGAGGAAGCAGUGA